AUGAGGAACUUCAUCUUUGUCCUCACACUGGGCAUUUUCUCAUGUUCGGGCUUUCCAGUGUACGACUAUGAUCUCCCUGUCACAGAAGAGGCUCUCAAUGCUUCCCUUGCAAGGAUCAACUCUCAGUCACGGGGGACAAACCUAUAUGGUGUUGUCAGGAGCUACGUCACAAGAGUUGAUAUGUGGAACAGUGAUGCCUAUAGACUGGAGCUGCAGUUCAGCAUCCGUGAAACGGAGUGCACUAAAGCAUCGGGGAGAGACCCAUUCACAUGUGACUUCAGAAUUGGGCCUUUGGUGCCAACCACUUUCUGUAGAAGUGUUGUGCAAGUCUCCGGUGAGCUCAUCUCCAACAUUGUUGUGCAGUGCCAUCAAGGUGCAUCCAGCUCCGAAUCACUGAGCAGCGAGGAGUUUAUGCACAUGCCCAUAAUGAACCCCAACAGGCGAGGCAGCAGCCACAGAGAAGACAUAUUUGCUCCUGAAGCUUAUCCUUCAAGGGGAAGGGGCAGCAGCCGUGGAGACUGGCAUAAACCCAGCUACUUAAGCUCUGACAAGAUGGAAUAAUACCCUUUGGGUUGGAGAAUGAGAAGAAUCAAGAUUCAAAGAUCAAGCAUGGGAAGAAAGAAGCUGGUGCCAUUUCCUUUCCUUUUCCAUGACAGAACCAUUCCAUAAUGAAAUGGAAGUCCUUCC